AUGACGGAUGCCUCGUCCUCCCCAGUUUCGCAGCCUCAAGGCUCGUCCCCUGCGGCGAAUGCAAACCAACCCGCCUUGCCGCCAUUGACCACAUCAACACCGACACCCUCGCACCGAAGCAAUCUCCCCCGGCCAAUGUCGCAUGCCUCCAAGAGCCGCUUGUCACAGUACUCGUCGGGAUCCGUCCCCUCGAGGUCGCGCCCAGGCUCUCAUAUGUUUCCCCUGUUUCCUUCUAGCCUAUCUUACACCUUGGUGAGAGACUUCGCCUAUCCAGCCGCCCAUCCGAUGCACUAUGGUCCGCCGCCCGAGCCUUCGCGGCCACCUUCUGGCCUGACCACCCCCGCGAGCGAGACCCGAAGACUGUCUGAUCCUCCGGCUUCGUGGGAGCCUCGAAUGCCGUGGGACUCGUGGACCUCGGAUGGUUUCAGCCGCGGCCAUGACAUUCCCCCAAUUCAAUUCGGGGACGGACCGCCGUAUAGCGAAGACGACGAUCUGCAGAGCCCAGUUGUUGCCACCCGUCACCGUAAGCAUAAAUCAAGUUCAGCAACGCUCGGUCAGAGCAGGGGGAGGGCUGGCCGGGAAGGCGACAUUAUGGGCACAACCAACUACGACAGCGAGAGGGGGUAUUAUGUUGGAACAAGCGGAGAUGGGAGCGAGCGCUACUAUGUGACCCAUGGAGGCGAGGCGAAUGGUCCGGGAGGCGAGUAUGUAACCUAUCCUCCUGACCAAGCACGCCAUGGCCAUGGUUACCAUUUUCCUCAACAAGGUCAUCAGCGCGACUGCGGCCGGCCUGGCUCAGAGAACUGCAGUUCUCCAUCGUCCUCUGGAUACCAUGACCUUGACGAAUCUCGCUAUUCACGUGACUAUCAGUUCACCAUUACUUCGCCCGACGAGGAGUUUCACGGUAAGGCCGUGGCCUUGUUCGAUUUUGAGCGCGAGAAUGAAAACGAAUUGCCACUAGUUGAGGGCCAGAUCAUUUGGGUGUCAUACAGACAUGGCCAAGGCUGGCUUGUCGCCGAGGACCCAAAGACCCAGGAAAGUGGACUGGUUCCCGAGGAAUACGUGCGAUUGCUCCGAGACAUUGAAGGCGGUAUGAACAGCUUGACUGGGCAUCUUGUGGAUGCCUGUAUAUCCCUGAACGAAGCCGAGACGCCUACACAAGCGGAACAUGGUGGCAAAGAACGACAACCAUCCAUCACGUCUACCAAUGGCUAUCACCAACCGGUUGUAUCCGUUUUCUCGACGUCGAGCAAGGAUUUGAACCCCUACCCCACCGGGCAGCUGGGAAUUCAGGCCGGGCAGACGCCUCCACAGGUCAUCCAUUAUCACGGACAACGUGGUGGUAGCCAGACAAGCACGCCCACCAUCCCCCAACACAACGAGCCCGGAAUGGCUCGUAGGGGAAGCCAGGAUUCAACCAACGAUGGCGAAGCUGGUACUACGCCAGUACAAGAACACCCAACGGCUACCUCUAGUCAGGCAGCUGCUCGGUGA